AUGGAUUUAACAAAUUUACCACCACAUUUAAAAUUUCAAAUCUUAGGAUUAUUAAACAAUAAUAAUAGCAAUAAUAAACAAGAAACACCAACUAAAGGAAGUGAGGAAAUUGCAAAUGAAAAAGUCAGCGAUGUAAAGAUUGAUUUAACAUCAAAUAUAAAAGAAGAAAAUUUUAAAUUAUUUAGCAAAGAAUCAUUAGAGCAACUUGAAAAACAAGGUUAUUUAAUAAUAGAUAAUUUUUUAAACAAUAAUGAAAUUAUAGACUCCAUUUACAACGAGUCAUAUACUCAAUUUAAAGAAAAUAAACUAAUUGAAGCAGGUAUGAAUAAAGGCAAUGAAAAGUGGAAAGAUAAGUCAAUUAGAGGUGAUUAUAUUAAAUGGAUUCAUAGAGGAUCUAAUAGCAGGGUUGAGGAUGAAGAGUUUUCGAAAUCAAUACCAAAUAUAAAUUUACUUUUAGAUAGAUUGGACUCGAUAAGAAAUGAAUUCGAUAGUGUUAUACCUCACUUUAAAUCAGUUAAAACCCAAACCCAAUUGGCAGUAUAUUUAAAAGGUGGAAGAUAUGUCAAGCAUAGAGAUUCAUUUUAUUCAUCAGAUUCAUCAACCUUAUCGAGAAGAAUUACAAUGAUUUAUUAUGGAAAUAAAGAUUGGAAGCAAGGUGAUGGUGGCGAAUUAAGACUUUAUAAAGAAAAUAAUAACCACCCAAAUAAUAGCAAUUGUAACAAUAGUAAUGAAUUUAUAGAUAUCGCACCUAUUUCAGAUAGAUUAUUGGUUUUCCUUAGUCCAUUUUUAGAACAUGAGGUAUUAUCAUGUAAUUUCGAACCAAGAAUUGCAAUUACAACUUGGAUAUAUUAA